UCAAGCAGACAGACGCUCCUUCUACUCCCUGUCCUCCUGAGAUACAGCAGGUUGUGGAUUAGUAUGUUGAUCUGAUGCAGGAGCCCUUUGGGUUACCCAACCGGCCAACCAAGCAUCACAUUGAGCUGCUGCCUGGAGCGGUCCCUCCCAAGGGUCGCAUCUACAGGAUGUCACCUGCUGAGUUUGAGGAGCUCAGGCGACAGCUUGAGACCCUGACCAGCAAAGGCUGGAUCAAGCCCAACACUUCUGAAUUAGGUGUUCCAGUCCUCUUUGUUCCAAAGGAGAGUGGUGAGUUCAGAAUGUGCAUAGACUAUAGGGAUCUCAACAAGAUCACUAGGAAGAGUACAAAGCCACUUCCUAGGAUCGAUGACCUCUUGGAUAUGGUCCAGGGCUGCACCAUCUUCGGCAAAGUCGACCUCAAAUCUGGCUAUCACCAGAUUGAGAUGGCAGAGGAGGACGUCCACAAGACGACCUUCAAAACCAGGUAUGUUACUCAUGAGUACCUGGUGAUGCCAUUUGGACUCUGUAAUGCACCUGGUACAUUCCAGACUGAGAUGCACCCCAUAUUCAGGCCGUACCUGGAUAAGUUUAUGGUUGUCUGCCUGGAUGAUAUCCUGGUAUUCAGCAAAACUACCAGGGAACAUGUGGAGCACCUGGCUCUAGUCCUUCAGUCGUUACAUGACAGUCAGCACAAGAUCAAUAGGGAGAAAUCCUCUUUUGGAGUUCCCUCUGUUAUCUACCUGGGUCAUGUAAUCUAUGGAGAUUGUUUGGCCCCUGAAGCAGCCAAGGUUGCUGCUAUUCAGGAUUGGCCACAACCCCAGACAGUGAGAGAUGUCCGGUCUUUCUUGGGUCUAGCCUCAUACUACAGAAAGUUCGUCAGGAACUUUUCUGCUGUGGCUGCACCCCUGAUUAACCUCACAAAGAAAGACACUCCCUUUCUUUGGUCUCUUCACUGUCAGAUGGCCUUUGCACAACUCAAACAGGCCUUGACUCGUGCACCUGUUCUGAAGUUGCCUGACCCCACCUUGCCUUUUGUACUGACUACUGAUGCUAGCCAGUACGGCAUUGGGGCAGUCCUUCAGCAGGAUGAUGGGAAUGGUCUGAGACCUGUAGAGUUCAUGAGUAAGAAGAUUAAGACUCAGAAACUUCAGGACUCUACCUACGAGAAUGAGCUUUAUGCUCUUGUCAGUGCUCUGAAACAUUGGAAACACUUUCUCCUGGGCAGGCACUUCAAGAUCUUUUCUGAUCAUUCCACUUUGCAGUGGUUGAAGUCCCAGGGAGAGUUAAAUGAUAAGUUGACACGUUACAUUCAGUUCAUUGAUCUGUUUGACUUUGAAUUGAAGCACAAGAAGGGUUGCUACAACAAAGUAGCUGAUGCCCUCUCUCGGAGGCCUGACUCUUUUGCGCUGAUCUCCUCUACUCAUGCCUUUGGAGAGGAGGUCCGUCAGACCAUUGCUCGUUCACUGCCUCAGGAUCCGACUUAUGGACCCAUCGUCAGGAAUCUGCAAGCAGAUCCCAACUCUGAACCUGGCUAUGUCCUGAGUUCAGAUCUGUUGUAUACUUACAGCAGAGGAGAGGAGCGUUUGUGCAUCCCUGAGGAUCAGCAGAUGCGGACACUGCUGAUGUCAGAGUGCCACGACGCGCGUGGACACUUUGGGUUCCUAAAGUCGUAUGCAGCCCUGUCGCAGCGCUUCUUCUGGAAGGAGAUGCAGAGUGAUAUGCUGCGCUAUGUGGAAACCUGUGAGCUCUGCCAAAGGAACAAGGUUCAGCGUAAACCUCCUUUGGGAUUGCUCAAACCUUUGCCCAUACCUGAUGGUCCUGCCCAGUCUGUAUCCAUUGAUUUUACAGACUUAGGCAAAACAACCCCUCGUGGCAUGCGUCAGGUCAUGGUCUGCGUGGACAGGUUUUCCAAAUACGCAGAGUUCAUCCCCUUGCCAGAGGUAGCCAGGGUACCGGCUGUGAGAGCAGCCUUUUCCGAGAGGUGGGUCACGCACCAUGGACCGCCCACCUCUAUUGUUAGUGAUCGAGACCCCAGAUUCUGCAGCGAUGAGUGGCAGUCCUACUGCAAGGACUAUCUGCACUCCCGCCUGGAUAUGACUUUUGGUCGUCAUCCUGAAGCCAAUGGAUUGGCUGAAGUGAUGAACCAAGUCCUGUUCCAGUUGCUACGUCCUGUGAUCUCUCCAGAUCAGCAGGACUGGGAUCUCCACUUGGUGAGGGCACAACUCAUGUAUAACAUGUCUGUCCACUCCUCGAAAGGGUUCAGUCCCUACCGACUACUUUAGGGACGUGAGCCACGACAGCCUCUCGAUGAUAUCAUCGACAAGGCUAAGCACCCCAGGCACUGCAGAGUUCGCCAGACGCUAUC